AUGAUACGGUGUCAGCCAGCAGUAACAUGGACAUGGAGGACAGAGUGUCCCACCUGGAGCAGAGGCUGCAGCUGCAGGAGGAUGAGAUCCAGCUGCUGAAGGCGGCUCUGGCCGAUGCUCUGCGUCGGCUCGGUCAGUGCGAGGAGCAGAGCCAGGGGGUCCAACCGGCGGGGGCUCACGCUGGCAGGAGACCUGUGGCUGCUCCGGCUGCAACACCGCCCACCAAAGUUCGUCAGCUCCUGCAGGCUCUUCCCUCCAGACCUCUGAGUAACGGUUAUGUUCAACAGAAACGCCUCCUCUCCUCUCCGUCAUCUCCAAAGAAAGAGGUGCUGCUGUCCAUUAAAAGGAAGAGCAUGUCGACGGAGCGUCUGACUCUGGUCAGGAGAGAGAUGGCAGCAGAGAGUCGCAGCCGAACCACCUCCUCCAGCAGCUCCUCUGGUGGCAAAAGCAAAUCCAAAGAAUGCACCUUCAAUGCAGAGGACGGCUACGUGAGGAUGUUCCUCCGAGGUCGUCCGGUCACCGUGCACGUCCCCGACCAGCGGCGGGAGAGCUUCAGCCUCGACCAGAAGGUGGCGCUCCCGGACAAAAAGCUGAAGCUUCAGUGGGUGUACGGAUAUCGCGGCCGUGACUGCCGCUCCAACCUCUACCUGCUGCCCACAGGUGAGAUUGUUUACUUCAACGCCUCGGUGGUGGUUCUGUACAACACGGAGGAGCAGCAGCAGAGACACUACCUCGGUCACAACGACGACGUUAAAUGCCUGAGUGUGCAUCCUGACAUGGUAACCAUCGCAACUGGUCAAGUGGCUGGAAACUCCAAGGAUGGGAAGCUGCUGGCGCCUCACGUGCGGAUCUGGGACUCGGUGAGCCUCAACACGCUCCACGUGAUCGGGGUGGGGGUGUUCGACAGGGCGGUCACCUGCGUGUCCUUCUCCAAGUCGAAUGGCGGCAGCUUCCUGUGCGCCGUGGACGACGCCAACGAUCACAUCCUGUCGGUCUGGAACUGGCAGAAGGAGAAGCAGCUGGCGGACGUUAAGUGCUCCAACGAGUCGGUGCUGGCGGCCAUGUUUCAUCCCAUGGACACCAACCUGAUCGUCACCUGUGGGAAGUCUCACAUCAACUUCUGGACCAUGGAGGGCAACACCCUGACCAAGAGGCAGGGCCUGUUCGAGAAACACGAGAAACCAAAGUACGUGCUGUGUGUGGCUUUCGCUGAGAAUGGAGACGCCAUCACCGGAGACUCCAGUGGGAACAUCUACAUCUGGGCCAAAGGGGGGAACCGGAUCAGCCAGGUGGUCUCAGGCGCACACGAGGGCGGCAUUUUCUCCCUCUGCGUCCUGAAGGACGGCACCGUGGUGUCCGGAGGUGGGAAAGACCGCAAGGUGGUGCUGUGGGACCACAACUACAGGAAGCAGGCUGAGAUGGAGGUGGGAGAACCGCUCGGUCCGGUCCGGGCUCUGGCUGAAGGUAAACCAGGCGAGCUCUUCGUCGGAACGACCAAGAACGCCAUCAUCAGAGCGGCCUUCCCCGACACCCUGACCCCUAUAGUCCAGAUGGGAACUUCCUGGCCGUUGCCUCACAUGAUAACUUUGUGUACAUCUACACCGUGACUGAGAGCGGCAGGAAGUACAGCCGCGCGGGGAAAUGUGUGGGUCACUCCAGCUUUGUGACCCACGUGGACUGGUCUGCAGACAGCCGUUAUCUGGUUACUAACUCAGGAGAUUAUGAGAUCCUCUUCUGGGAGGCAGGAAGUGGGAAACAUGUCACCAACAUGGACACGGUGCGCAGUCUGGAGUGGGCCACUUCCACCUGCACUCUGAGCUUCAACACAUUCGGAAUUUGGCCAGAUGGCGCAGACGGCACGGACAUCAACGCCGUGUGCAGGUCACAUGACGGCUCCCUGCUGGCCUCGGCUGAUGAUUUUGGCAAAGUGCACUUGUUCUCCUUCCCCUGCUGUCAACCAAGGGCUCCGAGUCACGAGUACGGCGGUCACAGCAGCCAUGUGACCAACGUGGCCUUCCUGCACGACGACACUCACCUGAUCUCCACCGGCGGGAAGGACACCAGCAUCCUGCAGUGGGGGGUUGCCUAGGCAACGCUGUGCGGGGGCGGGGACCAGCGUCUCACCUCUUCACCAGAUUGUCCCCCCCCACCCCCCGUGCCUCUGUGCCUACAGGAAGCUGGGGCGACCCGCUGACAUCACUGUAAGACACUGAAUGAUGUCAACCAACACCUCGUGAUUUUAGCUGAUUGUGCCUAAACUGGACCCCCCCCCCACCACCCAAACAGCCGAUGAACCAAGCUCCUUUCUUACAAAGCAGGUUUAAAUUCACGUUUCACAGCCGUUUAAAACAAAAUGCAGUGAUUCUUUAUAAGAAUGUUGUCGUUCUGACUCCGAUUGUUUAAAAAGAGCAGCAGCUCCUCUGAAUGUUUGAGAAACAAACUCGUUUUCUGAGAAAGGAGCUGCGAUGAUUGGGGUAAAAAAAUGGGGUUAAAACAGAGUUAAACCGGGGUUAAAUCUGGGUUAAAACCUGAUUAAUACGUGGUUAAACUGGGUUAAGACGGUUUGAAUGGGGUUAAAUCAAGGUUAAAUCUUGCUUAAAACUGGGUUAAAACGAAGUAAAACCGGGGCUAAAUCUGGGUUAAACUAGGGUUAAAACAUAGCUAAAUCUGGGCUAAAACAUGGUUAAUGCUGGGUUAAAAUUGGGGUUAAAACAGAGUUAAAUCGGGGUUAAAAUUGGGGUUAAACCAGGGUUAAAACAGAGUUAAACCGGGGUUAAAUCGGGGUUAAAACAUGGCUAAAAUGGGGUUAAACCAGGGUUAAACCCAGGUUAAAACAAGGUUAAUUUGGGGUUAAUACGAGGUUAAACCAGGGUUAAAACAUGUUUAAUAUGGGGUUAAAAUGGGGGUUAAAACGGGGUUAUUUCAGGGUUAAACCCGGGUUAAAACAAUGUUAAUUCUGGGUUAUUUCAGGGUUAAACCCAGGUUAAAACAAUGUUAAUUCUGGGUUAUUUCAGGGUUAAACCCGGGUUAAAACAAUGUUAAUUCGGGGUUAAUUCGGUGUUAAACCCAGGUUAAAUCGUGGCUCUGCUUGUGGAACCGUCCCCUCUCUCUCCUGUAAAUCAGCUUCACCUUUACGACUUGAAACCAACGUUUUUCAGGGACGUGUUUUAGAACAGAAUGUAACCUCUCACAGAGCGGUGGUCGAUCCGGAGACCCCCGUGGCCUUCUUCGUUUCCAGUUUUCACUCCUUUAACUUGAUUUAAACCACGUCCGGAGGCGCCGGUUGUUCCGUAGUGUUUAGUGGAGUUUUUGAGGUUAGUUAGCGGUACUAAGUGUCAGUUUCACACCCCUCCCCCUCCUUCAGUCUGCUGUUCAGACCACUGCUGUAACUGUACUGACUCAGCACCAGGUGGCGCUGCGUUGAAGAGCAUGAGCAUGACUGAGGCUGCUGUCCUGCUGUUGAUGUUGCAGAAAUCUUUAAACAUUAUAUUAUGCAGUAUAUUUGAGUGGCUGUAGAGUUUUAAUAUUUAUCUGUAACAAUAAUGGAUGUUCUACUGAUUAAUGUGGACGCUGACAUGAGCUUGAGCUCUGCUUCUCUUUCUGUUUAGUUAAUAAAGUUUUGGUUUUUUUACCCCUUA